AUGAGAUUUAAAGGCAGUCACGCUGUAAUCGCCUCUAUAGCAGUAUUGGGCGCUCUUAUAUUCUUCUUUCCUGAGCCCAAGGCUGGUAGCAUUCCUCCACAGGAAAAGUCUAGAUUUACAGGAUAUCCCGCUUGGCAUGGAACAUGGCAAGGUAUCGAUCCAUUCAUCUUGGAUGCUUCCGCAGGCUUCUCUGUUUUAGUUGGCGGCAUUGCUGGGUUUCUUUCUAUAAUAUGGACAAAUCCGUCCUAUCCCAUCUCCGUUAAAUGCAUCACCUCCUUCUACGAUGGCUCUCAUGUAACCCCGACGACUCUAUUCAAUCGUGUGCUAGCUUAUUACCUGUUAUUCACUCAUUUUGCAGGAACGGCAUUUCUAAUAUUAGAUCUUGGAAAAUUGUGGUUAACGUUCGGUGUUUUGCACAAUGCAUGGGAGGUUGCGCUUCUGUUGCUGUUAUUUAUGGGAGGAAGGGUCAAGAGCCAGUGGUACUUUAUUAUUUUGUUUGUAUAUAUAUUUAUCGUCGUUUUAUUGAGUGUGUUAUUGCCAUGGCCCUUUGAUGCAAUAUUCUUCAAAUGGCAAGGCCUUUGCUCUGACUUUGCGCUUCCGAUGGUCUUCACAAUUCUCUACAUUAACACGCGAAAGUAUCUAAGAAAUUAUGGAACUGAUACCAUUCCACUCGUUCUUAUUGAAGACGUCGACGAAGUGGAAAAACAUGGUCUCUUCCCGACUACAUUCGAACACCCAAAACAACUUAUACCAUUAAUAUUUGCGAGUGUUGUACACACCGGUGGUAAUAUACUUGCUACAUGGUUUUUGCAAAGUUUAAAGGCAUUCCUUGUUUUCCAAUUCUGCUACAUAAUCUCCUACCCUAUAUAUGCCUAUUACAUCUACCUCGACACGCACUAUGAAAGUGCAUCUCUAAUUAAACGCUAUUACCUUCCUAAACGGCCUCUAUGGAAAGACGUUGUUAUCGGUAUCUGGUCUAUUGUUAUGUCAUUAUCAAUGAUUGCCAUUGGUGUAAUCAUUUGCAAUAACGAUGUAAAGGAUAAUAUAAACGAUAUGUAA